AUGUUGCUGACAUCAUUCAGCGUGCUUCGAGCCAAACGAAGAUCUUACAGGGCUUCGAGCUUUUCAGCUUCUCUCAAACAUCCCGGACCGCCGAAGCCUCCACGGCAAGAGGAUGAGCUCCUGGAGAUGGAGUUUGCAGCACGCGGUCACGCAGUCUGCUCUGCCCAGAGCUCCGGCACAGAAGGCGCCCGUGGUCGAACGAUCCCGGCAGUCACCGCAGAAACGGGCGCUGCCAACGCGGCCCUUCAGUCAGUGGAUGCGGAGGAGGCGAGAGGAGGGACGGAGGGGCUGCAGUUUGGUUCUCGCAAGGCGGGCGAAGCUCAAGUCGGCUUGAAAUUGUGGUCGCAACGAACAGGAGGCCCUCAAGAGGAGGCUGCCGGAGGAAGAACAUGGGCAACCCAUCGUCGAUGCUGCUAG